AUGCGAAUAGGGUUUUUCGACUAUUCAGUAACUAGAAAAUUUAUCGCACAAGCAGCCGCUGUUACUUUCGCUACUCAUAUUCAAGGAAUUAAGCCGCUGACCGAAGAAAAAAAAGGGAAGAGUACAUCGCCAGAAUCGUCCCCGAAAACGCCGGAACGAAAGACAAGUACACCAGACACAUCAGUAGAAUCUCCCCCCGAGUUUCCGGUUAUAAAAAGGCGCCUUAAGCGAUGCAUAUUUUCUUCAGACGAUGAAGGAGAUAAUAAAAAAUUAAAGUUACAAAAUGAUGAAAAUAAUUCUGAAGCAUUAGAUGUCGAUUCGAGUGCAGGAAUGAAUAUCGAUGACAGUGAAAGUGAGCAAGGGAAAGUAAAAGACGAGUCAUUAGAUCAGAUGGACCUGGAUAGUGGCGAUGAUCAGACGAAACAAAAAGGUAUUAAGAAAGUAGAGAUUAGGAAGGAAGUCGAUAAAAGUAAAAUUGAAGAUGAGAAACAAACACAAGCCCCAGAUUUGAAUGAUAGCGUAGUUUGCCCUGAGUAUGAAAAUUUAGAAUUAGGUGUUGGAGAAUCUUUAUUAAUAAAAGCUAUUGCUGAAACAACUGGUCGAAAAUCUUCAAAUGUUAAAGAAGAAUUGGUAAAAUGGGGAGAUCUGGGUAAAGUUGCAAAGGACAGUAAAACUACACAAUCAACUUUAUUUGUGCCGAAACCUUUGACUGUUCAAACAGUCUUUGAUAAAAUGAAAUGUAUCGCGGAAACUGUUGGACAAGAUUCUCAGGAAAGGAAGGUUAGAGAGAUAAAGCUCUUACUUACAGCUUGCCGAGGUGAAGAAGCAAAAUAUUUAAUUAGAUCACUCGAAGGAAAAUUACGCAUUGGUCUUGCCGAGCAGACGAUUUUAAUAUCGUUGGCUCAAGCAAUUACAUUAAAAGAUCCUGCUUAUCAACAAUUGCCCAAAGCGAAGAAGGCGGAAGAAUUAACUGAAGCUCCUAACAUAGUUAAAGCUGUUUAUAGCGAGCUGCCAUCCUAUGACAUCAUCAUUCCUACCUUGCUGGAACACGGAGUUAGAAAGCUCGCCGAACACUGCAAAUUGACGCCUGGCAUUCCAGUCAAGCCUAUGUUGGCUCAUCCGACGAAAAGUAUCACCGAGGUGUUAGAUCGAGUAGAAGGACAUAAGUUUACAUGCGAAUUUAAAUAUGACGGCGAACGUGGACAGAUUCAUAUGACCGAGGAUGGUACAGUUAAAAUCUAUAGUCGUAAUCUAGAAGAUAGUUCAACGAAGUUUCCGGAUAUUAUUGAAAGAUUGCCCAAGAUUGUGGUGCCUGAUACCAAGUCUUUCGUACUUGACUGUGAAGUGGUUGCGUGGGAUCCAGAAAAGCGAUGCGUGUUACCUUUCCAAGUUUUAAGCACACGAAAGAGAAAGGAUGUCAAGGAGGCGGAUAUUAAAGUCGUUGUGUGUCUUUAUGCCUUUGACUUGUUAUACUUGAACGGAGAGUCACUACUUAAGAAAACGCUUGAGGAAAGGCGCGAGCUUAUGUAUAAAUCAUUCCAAGAAGUUGACGAUAACUUUGCUUUUGCAAGUUACAUGAACGCUACGAACACCGAAGAAAUCCAGACAUUCCUCGAUGAGAGCGUCAAAAACAACUGCGAAGGGCUAAUGAUAAAAAUUUUUGACGGCGAGCAAUCGACAUACGAACCUUCUAAGCGAUCCAGAAAUUGGCUGAAGCUUAAAAAGGACUAUUUGAGUGGCGUCAGUGAUUCUUUAGAUCUCGUUGUCAUUGGUGCAUACUUGGGACGAGGGAAACGCACAAAUGUAUACGGCGCGUUCCUUCUCGCUUGUUAUGAUCCAAACGAUGAUCAAUAUCAAACAAUUUGUAAAAUUGGAACGGGAUUUUCAGAUGCAUCGUUGGAGAAUCAUUUUAAAUUUCUUAAGGAACAAGAAAUUUCAGAACCCAAAAGUUAUUACGAUUACGACAGAAAUACUAAACCCGAUGUUUGGUUUGAACCAGUUCAGGUUUGGGAAAUCAAAGCCGCCGAUUUCAGUAUCUCUCCAAUUUAUAAGGCCGCGGUUGGAAUGGUAGCUACUUAA